AUGGAAGAAAAUGAAUCCGGAUUUCAAUCACGAGGACAAAUUCUUGAUUAUUUUCAAGCUGUAACUUAUUUCAAAUUCGAAGAUUCAAUUCGAUUUCUUAAUCAAUAUCAAUGGAACUUAAAUGCACUACAAAACUUCUAUACCAGCAAUGAUCUUACAAAUGGUGGUCAUCAAACCUUAAGUAGUAUCAUUAUAAGAGAAAAAAAUGAUGAAUAUCUUGCUAAAGUCAUUGGUGAGUUUGAAAAUGGUUCAAGAACUGAAAAAGACGUAUCCAAUCUUGUUGUAAUGGGUGAAACUAAACGAAUUGCUCUUGUUGCUCAUAAUAAUAAGAAGACAGAAUUAAUUGAAUGUCUUCGACAACAUCGUGAUAUACUUGCUAAACAUAAAUUGUAUGGUACUGGUACAACUGGAUCAUUAGUAGAAAAAGAACUUCAAAUACCCGUAACUAAAUUUGAAAGUGGUCCUUUGGGUGGUGAUCAACAAUUGGGCGCAAAAAUUACUGCUCGAGAACUUGAUAUUCUUAUUUUUUUUAUUGAUCCUUUGGAUUCUCAUCCUCAUAAUUCUGAUGUACAAGCACUUCUUCGUUUAGCUCAAGUUUAUGGUAUUAUCUGUGCUACAACUGCUUCUACCGUCGAUUUUAUAUUUAGCUCAACAAAGAUGAAUGAACCUCAUGUACGAAAAAUACAAAUAGCUCAAACUUCAAAACCAAAAUAA